AUGCGUGUUACAUCUUCCAAAAGAUUAUACAAAAUUCUCGCAGCGAGCCGAAAACUAACUGCCAACUACGAGUUUCUAUUCGCCAUGGAAGAGCUCUCCCUAGCGCUGAUCUCAGUGGCAGACCUCGAAACGCAAGAGCAGUUGGUCAUAUACGCGUACCAUCAAGCUCUAGGAAUCGAACAUUUGGGCGCCACAUUACAGUUUCUCCAGGCAGAGAAUAGGGCUGAAUUCCAAGUUCUCGACGAAGUUCUAGAUUUUUACAAGCAAUUCCCUUUAGUGCGGAAUGAAAGUCUGGAAGAGGUGAAGUCAGGAGCCUGGAUGACGUACUACAUUUUGGAAUCUCAAGAUUGCAUUAACAAGUUGAAGCUAGUUCAGACACGGCUUUGGGAUUUUGUGCAACAAUCAGUGAGGCGUGAAGUGUGGUUAGCGCGGCAGACUCUGGCCAUCGGUGUUGCCAUCCUCACCAUCGUGCUACUAGCUUCACCUGUGUUGGUUCUUCUCAUACGGCACACCGUUAACACUAUCCAGACUUUCAACAGAUCUAUAGAGAUAAGCACUCAAAGAUUGAUGUUGGAAAAGCAGAAGAGUGACAUUCUCCUAUCUCGAAUGCUACCAUUACCUGUAUUACGAAGAUUGAAAGCCCAACGCUCGGUCCCCGCGGAAUCCUUCGAUGCUGUCACCAUUUUCUUCAGUGACAUUGUCGGUUUUACUACAUUAUCUGCCAAUAGUAGUCCUAUGGAGGUGAUCAAUAUGCUCAAUAUGUUGUACAGGUUGUUCGAUGACAAAAUAAUGCAGUACAAUGUGUACAAAGUGGAGACGAUCGGAGAUGCCUACAUGGUCGUCUCAGGGCUGCCACAGAGAAACGGUAAUCGACAUGCUUCAGAAAUAGCAGACAUGGCACUGGCCCUGAUGAGGGGUAUGGAAGGUGCUACAGUUCCGCACCGGCCGGAGGAACCACUUCGCAUCCGAGCUGGUGUCAACACAGGACCAUGUGUCGCUGGAGUUGUGGGCACCACGAUGCCUCGUUACUGUCUCUUUGGAGACACUAUUAAUGUAGCUAGCCGUAUGGAAAGCACUGGAGAAGCUAUGAAAAUUCACAUAUCCUAUUCGACGAAAAUGGCAUUAGAUCAAAUUGGUGGCUACGAGAUUCAACCGCGAGGCGAAAUUAAUGUUGCGGGCAAAGGCACUAUGGAAACUUUUUGGCUUGUCAGGAAGAUUAAUAAUCUCGAAUCAGAAAGCCCACAGGAACUGAAGCUUCACGACUAUGACCAAAACGUACACGAGCUUCUUAUUUUGAAUUAAGUUCGGACUUAGAGUUAUGGUCUUGUAUUCACUAAAAAUCUGAUAUAUUGUAAUUGUAAUAAUGAACAAUAGCAAAUGUAUUUACAGUCGGCAUCAAAAGUAUCAGAGCGUUCAGAGCAUUGAGUUAACCAGAAAUAGAGACGAAAUAA